AUGGUCGCUAUGAUGGGUUCUCUAGCACCAAACAAAGGGUGGAGGAAAGGCCCUUGGACUGGUGAGGAGGAUAAGUUGCUAAGUGAAUAUGUUAGCUUGCGUGGGGAAGGUCGGUGGAGUUCAGUGGCAAACUUUACAGGAUUAAAUAGGAGCGGCAAAAGCUGCAGGUUAAGAUGGGUGAAUUAUUUGAAACCUGGCCUCAAGAAAGGUCAAUUAACACCUCUGGAAGAAGGAACCAUUAUGGAGCUACAUGCACUUUUGGGUAACAAGUGGUCUACGAUAGCAAAAUACUUGCCAGGUAGAACAGAUAACGAGAUCAAGAACUACUGGAGAACCCACUUCGGGAAGAGGGAGAAAUCCAAACACAAAAAGCCACAAAGGCGACAAAAGGAACAACAACCUAAUAAGCCGUGUGAUUUCAAAACCAUCAUGUGUCCCAAGGAAACCAUAAACGAAGCAAAAUCCUUCGAGACACAAAAUAAUAAGCAACAAGAAAUUGGUUUCAUGUACCCAACAAUAGAUAACCAAUAUAAUACGGUUCCUUCCACUGAGGGAUUCUCAUCCAUGUGGCUAGACACUCCAGUGGAUGAUGGCUUAUGGUUUGGUUUUUGGGACUUUGAUGAAUCACAGAGUUUUGGAGAUUAUCUUAACCAGUUUAGCAAAUGUGGCAUGCCAAAUGAAGCCACAUUUGCUGUUGGAGGGGAUUCCACGCAAAAUCAUGAUAAAACUUCUUGUUUUGAUGAUGCAUCGUUUGCAUGA